AUGACCGUCGUCGCUUCGCCACUGGAGGGUCAGCUGAGGGAGCUACGUGCAUUGAGGAAUUCGGUCAUUGGAAGUCGCACUCGGAAAGGUCAGGUAGUGCUUGGAGGCAAGGUCCCAGAGCUGAUAUUACUGUUGAGGACACCGUUGGAUAGCACGGAGUCCUUCGAGGUCAGAGCACUUGCUGCUACCAUUAUAGGAUCUCUCGCACACUCUCCUUCGUCCCCUACUCUCCUUUCUCUCUUGCGAGCUGGCGCUCCAGCAGCUCUCAUCGCAGCACUGGCAGAUCUCGCCGAGCUAAGACGAACCAAUGCAGCCCUCUUCGCUUCCGCGGACCCGCUGAAGGCCCUCGAAUCCCUCUUACGCUCGCUACGCUCCAUAUUGAUUGCUCUGGCAGAUGAAGUCGCACCUGACCCGAGAUACGGGCUCGGCAUCGGUAGAGAUGGUUCCAAAGAUCUCGGUCCUGGAGCCAAGACCAAGAGCUGGCGCGAACCGAGCAACUGGGCAAUGGCACAGGCGGGAUUCUCGGACAAUACUCCAGACGAAGACACAAAGAUGUCCACCGCUGUCCCCUCUGGGUCUAGUCGAGGCCUCCACGACUUUAGACUUGCCAGCCCUCGUGAGGAGCUUACUCUCCUCGCCCGGUCCGCGAUCGCAGAGGCAUUCUCGGAGCAAGCGCUGCCAGUCCUUCUCGGAGCAGUCUUUCUCUCGCCAAUUCCCAGGGACGAGAGGGCAGACAAGGUGUUUUCGGAUGCACGAGCAGCCUCUCGGACUCGCCUCGAGUCACCUGUGGCGAGUAUGCUCCUGCCGCCGCGAAGUCGUGAGAGCAGUAGGAGUAGACCUGCAAAUUCUUCACUGGUGUCGGCAGCUGAUUCAAGCUCAAUAUCGGACCUAAGCGCAGUGGGUAGUGAAUCAGGGAGUGCCUCUAUGCUGAAUAGAGGCAAAAUUCUAGCUAUCUCUGAGAUGGUCUUCGGAAUACUUUCGGUAUGUCUUCCGAUAGCAGGCCCCAAUCCUCAAGGAUCUGCGAUUGGCAAGUCAGCAAAGCGAUCUUACAGCGCAGCGGAAACGGACCUCAUCAUGAGAAAACGAAGGGUGAUGGACUUUCAGGGAAGAGAGUCGGCUUUCACCGCAUGGAGUCAGCCCCCAGGUCUGUAUCCAUUCGCAGUGGAGACUGUGAGGGCUGAGAGCCUGGUCGGUGACCACGAGGACGCAAUGUCUGGCGAGCCCUCUCUGCUCUCCGUGCUACUGGAAGGUGCGGAGUGCGGCUUUUCGAAGACGCAGGAGACGGCUCUCUGGGCGCUAGCUGAGCUCACGAGGGAAGGUUCGGAAGCGAGCGUGAAGCUCUUCCGCUGUCAUUCCCCGUCUGGGCUCCUGUCGACAGCAAUGCUGCUGAGCCUCAGGAAAGACUCGAAUGCCCAUGUCCGUCUGGCUGCGUAUUGCUGUCUCGCUCACAUCAUCAAGGUUCACCCAUUCACUCCGAAGACCAACGAGAAGGUUCUAGGCGGCCUGAUUGAGCUUCUGGAAUACCCAGGGGAGAUACAGAUUGCGGCCGCCUUUGCCAUCGCCAAGGUCGUGGCGGAUGAUCCAGUCUUGCAGUGCAUAGCGUGCGAGAAGGGCUACGAUGCCAUCAGUAAGCUUGGUACACUCCUCAACCAAGCCUCAAAGACCAGCCUCGCGAUUUCGCGGUCAUCUUCGCAAGCAAGAUGCGGCUCUUCUCCUUCCUCCUCCUCUUCGACCGUCACCGACAAUCCAGCCUAUCGACUACAGGAAGCAGCGCUCACUGCUCUUGCCGCUCUCACCUUUUCGCGUGAUCAUAUGAGGAGACAGUUCAUCGACUUUUCUUCCCCACCUCUUCUACCUCUCGUGGUUCCGCUGCUCACGACUGGCUCCCUGGGUACACGGGUGGCAGCAUGCAGGCUGGUGCGAGCUCUAAGUCGAAGCAUCAGCAUCCUUCGCACGAGCCUCGUCGACGCAGGCGUAUCCGAGAAGCUGAUCGCCAUCAUCAAGAACACCGAAGAGAACGUCGAUGUCAAGGUGGAGGCGACGGCCACUAUCUGCAAUCUAGUGCUGUCCUUUGCUCCCAUGAGGCAGUUCCUGAUGGAGAAUGGAGGCAUCAGCAAGCUGGUUGAGCUGUGUGCCUCUCCUCAUGGUCCGACGCGGCUGAACGCUCUUUGGGCCAUCAAGAAUGUCAUCUAUGCGAGCGAGACGGCCUUCAAGGAGCAUGUCAUGAAGGAGCUCGGUUACAGCUCCCUCACUGCCAUCGCUGAGGGCCAGGUGACCAAGUCUUCGCCUGCUGCUGCCGCUGCAGCAGCCCUGGAAGCAGAAGCAGCAGACGAGGACGAUAGCGAGGAAGACGACACGACGGCUCUGCAGGAGCAAGCCCUGAACAUUAUCCGUAAUCUGGCCAGCUCGAGGGAAGUGGACAUCGAAGCCACCUUUGCCGGCUUCGGCGGCGCGACGAGCUUCUUUGAAUUGCUAGAGUCGGUCAUCUGGCAGCGCAAGAGCGAUCUAGUCACGGAGCAAGCCGCGUACAUCCUAGUCAACAUUGCCACUGGCUCCGUCGAGCACCGUCGCGCCCUGCUGGACCGACCCAACCUCCUCGACGCCCUCUGCUACUUUGCCACGCACCCCAGAUCCGACGUACGAGUCGCCGCUGUAUGGGCCGCCAUGAACCUUACUCAGCACGCCAGUCCUACUCCUGACGCUGUAGGUCUCGAGGCGGUGAAGCGUCUUCGGAUGUUUGGGUUCGCAGAGAAGCUCGAUGCGCUCAGGAGCGAUCCGGAGAGGGAUGUUUCGGACCGGGCUAAGGCUUUGAUGAGUCGGUUUGAAUGA